AUGUGCUGCCAGGAACUCUACGGGCUGGCGCUGCGCUUUUUCAAAGAAAAAGAUGGCAAAGCCUUUCAUCCAACAUAUGAAGAAAAACUCAAACUUGUGGCGCUGCACAAGCAGGUUCUGCUAGGACCUUACAAUCCUGACACUUGCCCUGAAGUUGGAUUCUUUGAUGUGCUGGGCAAUGAUAGAAGGAAGGAAUGGGCUGCCCUUGGAAACAUGUCAAAGCAAGAAGCUAUGACAGAAUUUGUUAAGCUCCUAAAUAGGUGCUGCCACUUGUUCUCUACGUAUGUCACUUCACAUAAGAUAGAGAAAGAAGAACAAGAAAAGAAAAGAAGAGAAGAGGAAGAACGAAGGCGGCGCGAAGAGGAGGAGCGGGAGCGUUUACAAAAAGAAGAGGAAAAACGCAGACGGGAGGAAGAGGAGAGGCUGAGAAGAGAAGAAGAAGAGAGGAGGAGAAUAGAGGAGGAGCGGCUUCGGAUGGAACAACAGAAGCAGCAGAUCAUGGCAGCGCUCAACUCGCAGACGGCUGUCCAGUUCCAGCAGUACGCGGCCCAGCAGUACCCGGGCAACUACGAGCAGCAGCAGAUCCUCAUCCGGCAGCUCCAGGAGCAGCACUACCAGCAGUACAUGCAGCAGUUGUAUCAAGUCCAGCUUGCACAGCAGCAGGCAGCCUUACAGAAGCAGCAGGAGGCAGUAGUGGCAGCAACAGGGACACCUCCGACUACUGCGAUGAUGGUGAAUGCACCUGCCCCAGGGGACAUCCCAUCCAUUAACGGGCAGGCCAGUGCCCAUACAGACAGCUCUGAAAAAGAGCUGGAUCCAGAGGCUUUGGAAGAAGCAUUGGAGAAUGGACCAAAAGAUUCAGUUCCAGUGAUAGCUGCUCCAUCGAUGUGGACCCGACCCCAGAUAAAAGACUUCAAGGAAAAAAUCCGACAGGAUGCAGACUCUGUGAUCACCGUGGGCCGAGGAGAAGUGGUUACAGUCAGAGUACCCACCCACGAAGAGGGGUCGUACCUCUUUUGGGAGUUUGCUACAGACAAUUAUGACAUUGGUUUUGGGGUGUAUUUUGAAUGGACAGACUCGCCUAACACUGCGGUCAGUGUGCAUGUCAGUGAAUCCAGUGAUGAUGAGGAUGAAGAAGAAGAAAAUACCAGCAGUGAAGAAAAAGCCAAAAAGAGCGCCAACAAGCCUCAGCUAGAUGAAAUUGUGCCUGUGUACAGACGAGACUGUCACGAAGAAGUGUAUGCUGGCAGCCACCAGUACCCAGGGAGAGGAGUUUAUCUCUUGAAAUUUGACAACUCCUACUCUCUAUGGAGGUCAAAAACAGUUUACUACAGAGUUUAUUACACUAGAUAAAGGUGUGGCUGUGCCUGAUGCUGGGCUCUGCAGAAGAUGUCAUUUUAUUUGGGAUUUUCUUCAAGCAUAACGGAUCCUCUUGAGUCUGUGUUUUAUCCUGUCUGUAUCUGUACGGUUUGUGUGAACUUUUAACAAGUAGACACUGGGAUCUUCCUGCUCCAUGACACUGAUGCAUAUUGCAUUGGGCUUAACACAGGAUCUCCCUAGGCUGUUUGCGUGCUGCAUUAACCGGUGGCAGUCACUGACUCCGGUGCUAAAGUCACACUAGUUGCAUCUGUAAAGCCUCGUGUACACGGGGGAGGGAAUUGCUGGUUCACUGGCUGGGUGGCCUGAUGUUUCCACACCUGGAUGCUUUGAAUAACUUGUUUACAGUUAAUUUAAAGGUCCCAUCAAUAACUGGUAGAUUUGGAUGCAGUUUGCUGUGUAGCAAGUUUCUCUUAACUGUAAUUGAAUGUCAGAUUUUUACACCAUUAAAACUUGAAACUUUAAGUUGAUGCGGUUUAGAAACAAGUUGUCUCACUUCUGUCCUCCAUGAAGAAAAACCUUCAGUUCCUUGAACUAGUGCAGUGACUG